CCCACCACCGCGGGAGGAUGAUGGCGAGCCACCACCACGACGCGCUGUGGGCGAAGCUGCACGAGCUGGAGGUGCAGCUCGCGGCGUACAAGCUCCUGCGCGCCGCGCGCUGCGGGGAGGACGCCGGCGCGCCCGGGGCCGCGGGGACGACGCCGGGGAGCAGCGCCUGCCGCGGCAGGCAGUACGACGCCUACAUGCGCCGCCGCAACGCCAGGCGCGUGGCCGCGGCGUCGGCGGAGCAGCAGCUGCAGCUGCAGCGGGCGGCGAAGGCUCGGCAGCUUCGGGCCGCGCGCGCAGCGCCGGUGAGCCCCCGCGCGCUCCGGUGCGCGCAGGAGGCGGGCGCCGCCACACCGCGGCUCGCCACCGCUCAGGCGAAGAGGACGCCGGCGGCGGUGUCCAUACCGAGCACCCCUAGGAGGGACGCCGCGGCGCUGCCGAGGAGCAAGACCGUGACCGGCGGCGGCGCGGCGGGCAGCCCGGCGAGGCCGUCGCACCACCAGAGGCGGAACAGCCUGGGCGCGCUCGCGGAGUUCGGCGAGUGCGCCACGCCGAGGCCGUUCCUGAAGCGCGGCACGGGCACGGGCGGCGCGGCGGCGCCCGCGAGGCUGCGGACGCCGCGGGUGCACGACAUCCCGGCGAUCGACGUGACCAGCAGCACGCCGAGGCCGCCGCCGCAGGAACCCGCGUACGCCCACGCGCCGCGCCACGCCCGGUCCGUGUCCGAGCUGCCGCUCGAGGCGGCGGCGCUGGCCUCCCCGCAGGCGCAGGCGCGGGCGCGGAAGCGGUGGGGCAGCCCAGAGAGGCCCGCGGCGAUUUUCUCAGCCGCCAGCGCCGGCGACUCGCACCGCGACCUGUCCAAGGGGCUCAGGAAGCUGCUGAGCUUCGUGAGGAAGGGCGGCGGCAGGAGCGGCGGCGCCGGCGACCAGCAGCCUUUCCCGGCGCCCAGCCCGCGCGGGGGCGGGAAGUCCGUGAGCAAGGGGUGGGCGGGCUGCUCCCCCGUCGACGUCCCCAUGGGCGACCGCGCGAGCCUGGAGGGGCACCGGCUCCCCAUGACGCGCGCGGUUGGCAUCUCCGGGUGAGGCCCGCGCGCGGCACGGCGCCGAGCCGUGACACGUCGUGAUGAAAGCCUUGAUUGCUCGGCGUCCAGGUAGUUCGAGCCAGGGUGUCGUUGCUCACUGGCUUGGCCUCUUGGCACUGCGCUUUGGAACUAGCGAUCAAGCUGGGCUCAGAAUGCCGGAAAAAAUUCUUCUUCUUCUUCUUCUCCUUCUCCUUCUUCUUCUUCUCCUCCUUCUUCUUCUCCUUCUUCUUCUCCUCCUCCUUUACGUUGGAAUCGAGCCAUUUUUCUUUUGUAAAAUUCAUGUGUUUCGAGUAGGGCGUGGCGACGAGUAGCAUCGUCGGAUAAUCGAAUUUUUGUUGCUUC